UUGGCAAUGAACGUUUAUUAACCAGGAAGUAAACUCCUAUUGUCAACAGAUUUCUGACACAUUAAAACGUCUCGCUGGAGUAAUUUCAUCAUGAGUAGAGCCUACUACAUCAUCAGUGCUGCUCUUUUUGUGUUAGAAAUUCCAGAAACCAAGGCUCUGCUAGAAAACUCCAAUGACUGUUGUGAAAGAAUAAAGAGAAUGAAUGAAACCUGUGCAAACAUUACACUCUGUGAUCCUGGGCUUCCUCAUGUUCAAGAGAACAGUACAAAUGUUUUUUGUGUGUCAUGUGACUCACUGGAGCAGGGGAAUUCAACAUUCAACAAUACUAGGAUCAGUCACACUCCAGUACCUGCAGUCAUAUUGAUUGGUGGUUCAGGUGUAGCAGCCUCUGUCCUUCUUGGAACUCUUCUGAUCAGCCUGGGCAUCAUCCUUACUGUGGCAUCUUUCUUUUACCUGAAGCGCUCAAACCGCCUUCCUGGUUUCUUCUACAGACGCAACAAGGCUUUUAUGUUCCAGCCAAGUGAGACGGCUGUCAUGAUUCCUGAAGCCACAUCUUCAGUUCGCAAACCAAGAUAUGUCAGGAGAGAGAGGCCUUCAGCAACAACAGCCUCCCACAGUGCUACUGUGGCAACUGGUGCAGUAACAAAGGUAUACAAUGUGUGACCAGCCUCAAAGGGCCAGUUAUGUGCCCCCCUCUCAAAACAUGGGACAGUCUGUCCGCCAGCACUGUUUUCUAAAAAGGAAUUGAGCAGUGAAAUUUUCCGUUAGUUAUGUACAUGAGCGAGUGAAAUGUUCCAACUGACAUAGGCUUUUUUUUUCUUGGAAUUUUUUUUAGAUUCAUUAUAUUCUUUUCACAUGCUCAGAAAAAGCCAGAUAUUUAUUUCUAUUUAUAUAUUUUUCACACAUGCUGUUCCUUUUUUAAUGUCACCUGGAGUAUUUUUUUAGUGUAAAUCUAUAAUUUUGUCAAGUAAUUUGUUUUCUCAAUGAAUUUUGUAAUGUUUAUAUUCAUUGUCAGUAUUUUCAUGUGAUUAUUGUACUUUUGAAUCUUUUGACAUUGUACCUAGGAUCCAAAACAUGACUUCCAUAAUGAUAUUUGCACACAGUGAUCCAUUAGCAUUUUGUACUUGUGGAUAAAGCAGUUUAAGUGUCCAGUUUCUGUACAAAACAACUUGAUUAUUUCUAUCGAUUAUGUACCUUGUUCACAUAUUCCAUUAGCACUUUAUUAAUUCCUCAUGAAUAUAAAAUAUAUAUAUAUAUAAUAACAAUAUAAAAUACAAAUAUGGGCUUUGGUCAGAAAAUGUUUAACAGCAUAUUCAUGUUAUACUAACAAGUAUGAAAGAUCCUCCUGUUAACAGUGGCUAGUUCUUCAUAGAGCUCUUCAAUAUUCAUAGUGUGUUAUAGCAUGCACCAAAGUUGUUCCCAAAUAUAUAAUAAUGAUUUAAAAUGGGCCUCAGGCCUUAAAGUUGCAAACUAUGAUGUCAAUGCACAAAUCUAAGCAAAAUUGUAACGAAAAUGUGUUGCCAAAUAAAGAAAUACAGUUUUUAAUUUGAGGAACCUUGUCCUUGACCACUUUUAUCAUCUUGUCUUUCCACUUUAUAAGACAAUGUGCCAUUAACUGAAUGUGAUAAUGGAUGAAGAAGACCUGGUUACCAAAUUAGAAUAUAAUAUUUGGGAAGAGAUGUUAAAAAAAAACCUUGGAUCUAGAGAGGCAAAUAUAUCUUGAUAUUGAUGUCAUAAAUAGAGUGAUUCACUACUAUUUCUAUGAAAUAGCUGGAUUAUUCAAUUACUGUUUUUUUUGUAUUUUUUUUUUUUUGUAUUAUUUAUUUAUUUUUUACUUUAUUUGAAAAAAGUGGC